CAGGAAGUUUACCCGUGGCGUGUAUAAAGACGCUUCCUGUGUUCUUCUUACAAGAAACAAUUUUUGAAACAUUCAUGGCGUGACGUUACAUUAAUAUACACUAAGCAAAUAAACAGCAAUCCAAGAUGAACUACGUACCAGGAACGGCGAGCCUCAUUGACGAUAUCGACAAGAAGCACCUGGUCCUGCUCCGAGAUGGCAGAACAUUGAUCGGUUUCCUCAGAAGCAUUGAUCAGUUUGCCAAUUUAGUUUUCCAUCAGACAGUUGAACGCAUCCACGUCGGGAAAAAAUUUGGUGACAUCCCCAGAGGAAUAUUUAUUGUGAGAGGAGAGAAUGUGGUUCUACUUGGAGAGAUAGAUGUGGAUAAGCCCUGCGACACUCUUCUGCAGCAGGUUUCUAUUGAAGAGAUUCUGGAGGAGCAACGGUUGCAGCAGCAAGCCAAACAGGAGACGGAGAAAGUGAAAAUGCAGGUCCUGAAGGACCGAGGCCUUUCCAUCCCCAAAGCUGAUAAUUUAGACGAGUACUAACGCCAUGAGGCCUCUGUUUUGUUUUGUUUUUGGGACUGGGAUGUUUUAUUUUGGAGAUGAGUUUGAGAGAACAUGAGUGUGUUUAAUUUUUUUAUUGGUUAAAGGCUACAUCAUGUUUAGCCUGAAUACUGUAACUUACUGUACAAAUUUAAUUUGAACUUUAAGAAGAAAAGAAAUGAUUGUCACUCUCAGUUUUGCAGAACAUGACAGCAAAAUGACGACAAAAGAAUUUAUAUGAGAUCAAACAAGUUAGCAUUUAUUUUACAGAAGCACUUUCUACUAAUAUGGCAAGUCUUAUGAUAUGGAAAUAUGUGAGCCUGCUAUUGUAAACAAUAGCUCUAUUAAAGAGUUUAGUUUUCCAUUACUACAUGACAGUUCUGUUUUUAUUAACUGCUUUUCUGUUUAAUGUAUUAAAGGCUGGAAUAUC